AUGGCCGCGCCAUUCAAGGUCAAGGCUAUCUACGAGUACUCGUCCCCUCAUGAGGAUGACCUCAACUUCGGUAUUGGACAAGUUAUCACUGUAACCGAUGAGGAGGAUGCCGACUGGUAUGGCGGGGAAUACCUUGACGACCAAGGUGUAAAGCAAGAGGGCAUCUUCCCCCGAAACUUUGUCGAAAAGUUUGAGCCAACCGCACCACCUCGUCCAGCUCGAACUCGCACCAAGAAGGAGCCCGAAACUGCUCAACCCGCCGAAGAUAUCGCUUCUCCCCCACCGCCACCUGUUCAACAAGCGCCUCCUCCAGUGCCUGCACCCGAGCCCGAGCCCGAGAUCGAAGAAGCCCAUGAGCCCAUACAUCAGCACGCCGUUCCCGAACCAUCUGCCCCGGCUAUCCCGGAGUCUGCUCCAAAGCCCGCCGAGCCCGCUCCGGCUGCGGCUCCCCCGCCUCCGGCAGUCCCUAAAGCUGCUGAGCCUCCGGUCCCCGCUCCAGUUCAACCACCAGCUGCGGCUUCACCUAAACCCAAGCCUUCUGGACCACCCCCAGUGACAGAGAAGCCCAAGUCCAGCUCGUUCAAGGAUCGCAUUGCGGCUUUUAACAAACCCGCGGCGCCUCCUGUUGCACCCUUCAAACCGAGUGGUCUCGCUGGAACAGGUACAGGUUUUAUCAAGAAGCCGUUUGUGGCUCCUCCUCCAAGCCGCAACGCUUUUAUACCUCCACCGCAGCAAUCUCAAACAGCCAAAGUUUAUCGGCGCGAUGAGGAUCCUGAAAUCAAGGAACGAGAGGCUGAGACGCAAGGACAAGCUGAGCGAGCGGGGCUUGUGCCAACCGAAGCCCAAGGAGGCGAAACUGAGGAUCAACCAAAACCUACUAGUCUAAAAGAGCGCAUUGCGCUUCUUCAAAAACAGCAGCAGGAGCAGGCUGCGCGACAUGCCGAUGCUGCUGCUAAGAAGGAGAAACCUAAAAAGCCUCAGAAGAAACGUGAGAGUGUCGGUCAUGCUGAGGCCCCAGCCGAGACGGAGACGUCACCUCAAGAGCCUCCAACUCCCCUUGAGCGAAGUGACACCCAGGAUAACGAGGCUCGAACAUCUACAGACGAGCCCCAAGCAACCCGAAUGCCACCUCCUGCGCGCCGUAAAUCGUCCAAGGGACCCGCCGCGGAACUUGUUCAUGAUGGGAACGAGGCAGACAUGUCUGGUGCUGGUGACACCACUGAAGGCAAUGACGACCUGACAGAACGUGAAGAUAGCGAUGAUACGUCCAGGGUUGCGCCACAGGCGCCCGCAUUACCUAUCCAUGCUGGUCCUCCCCCUGAAGCACCCAAGAAGCAGGAGAGCGACGAAGCAGAGGAAGUGGAGGAAGAAGAGGAGGAGGAGGUUGACCCUGAAGUCAGGCGCAAGGAAGAGUUGAGGGCUAGAAUGGCUAAGAUGAGCGGCGGUAUGGGUUUCCACGGUAUGUUUGGUGCGCCUAUGCCAGCGCCAGCGCCUCCACCCAAGAAGAAGAAACCAGCACCGAAGCCAGAGCAGUCUUCUGUCGAUGACAGCAUUAGUGAGGCCUCACCAACAUCCCAGGCUGCCCCGCCGGUUCCUGCAAUGAUGCCUCUUCCUGGAUUCGGCGGUCCAAGUAAGCCAGAAGAGCCAGCGCAUCCUGAGACGGAACCUGAACCAGCUGCUCGUGCGCCGCCACCUCCAGUACCUUCACAGCCUGCCGAGACACCGGACGAGGAUGAAGAUAGUGAGGCCACUCCAGCACCUCACUCCAUCCCUACAAUUCCUCCUAGAGAACCCGCGGGAGCUCCUCCUGUACCUGGCAGCCGAGGAGCGCCACCUCCUGUGCCAUCUGAUUCUCGACCACCACCCCCACCUCCCGCCGACGCAAAAUCCCAGUCAGACGGAUCUGAGUCUGGGGAUGAACUUUCUGGCGGUCGUGAUAGUGAGAGAGAAAGGCCUACCAUGGUUGCAAGGUCUCCUCCCAUGCCGCCACCACCAGUUCAACCUCCUCACUUGCCUUCAAGGUCGCCACCACUUUCUCCAACUCGUGAAGACUUCAGUCCUAUUUCUCCAGGGUCCAACGCUAGCAACAGGUUAAGUCGACUACCGCCUCCUAUUCCAGGAUCUGCACCUGCUCCUCCUACACAGAGUCGACCACCACCUCCUCCCCCACCCGGUGUCCCUCGACGACAAUCGACCCAAGAUUCCUUGGCACAGCCCAGAGGGCCUCCUCAAGCCGGCGAGGAGGAGGCUGAGGAACUCACUGAAUACGAGGGCGACUACGAUACUGACAUUGCUUCCUCGGUUCCUCAUAAGGACGCUUUGAAGUCUCACGCCCGGGACUCGAGUCUGGAAGACAACACUCUCCUAUCCCCCGCAUCUGAUGCUCCCGCCAAUAUACCACCUCCUGUUCCUUCUGCAGUGGCUCCUAGAGCUGUACCUCCACCUGUUCCUUCGCAACCACCCCCAGAGAACAAGCGACAGUCAAUGGAAACACCUCGCGCUGCUCCUCCCCCUCCUCCUGCCGACAAGCGGCCUUCUGUCGACGUGCCACGCGCAGCACCACCUCCCCCUCCAGCUAAUAUCCUACCCCCGCAGCCGCCUCAAUCACCUCGUCCCGAAGAGGAUUACGACCCAUACAACUACUCGGUACCCCCUGGAGGACACGCAUAUGCCCCUAGGACACCAAAGAUCGAGGAAGAGACUGCAUUCCCUCCAUCUCCAUCUGUAACUUCUCCUAUGGACCGACGACCCCCUCCUCCAGCUGUGCCUGGUCGCACCUCCAACCGACAGUCCCUUGAUAUAUCAAGAGCUACUGCUGGAAACAGACGGUCCAUGGAUAUGCACCGACCUUCGAUGUCGAUGGAGUCGGGGUUCAUUGCUAACGAUAUGGAUCUGGCUAUGCAGAGUGGCUGGUGGAAGCAAUCUAACCAGGUACCACCUGCACUCCAAGGCCGUAAAGAUAUCUACUUUGAGGCCGAGGAGUCGACAUCUACGAAUGGCGGGCAACAAACGACGAUCACACGCGAAAUUUCCAUCCUAUAUCAAGACUACUCGCAAACUUUCUUGACUGUCCGCUAUGAUCCCUACGACCCAUCAGAUGUUCAGUUGGAGCAGCGCCACGAACCCCCACCGCGUGCGCUUCGACAGGACCAGAUGGAGGAAUACUAUGAACGCUUCGGUCGUCAGAUCUCGACGGCAGUAGCAUCUAAGAAGGAUUCAGUCGUUGCAGACGGUACACCUCAAGGUCUUGUCUUGGAACUCCUCAAGCCUUACAAGGAUGUCCUGCCUCCCGUUGGUACUCGCGCAUACGGCGCCCUUGUAUACUCGAACAUGGCCAACGCAUCGACCCAGCAGAACGACAUGAUUCGAGCUGGCGACAUCAUCACCAUCCGUAACGCCAAGUUCCAGGGCAAGCACGGCCCGAUGCAUGCAAAGUACUCUGCUGAGGUGGGCAAACCUGACCACGUCGCGGUUGUAGCCGAGUGGGAUGGUACCAAGAAGAAGGUACGCGCAUGGGAGCAGGGCCGUGAGAGCAAGAAGGUCAAGGUGGAAAGCUUCAAGCUUGACGAUCUGCGUAGCGGAGAGGUCAAGAUCUGGCGCGUCAUGCCGCGGAGCUGGGUUGGCUGGAACAGCCAGUCUUAG